AUGGUCGAACAAGCUGCAAAGCCACUUGCAAGGCCUGUUUGGGUUUUAGAUGCUACACUUGGAAAGGUACGUGCAGGCAGAGACGGAGAUGAUCAUCCUGCUGAAUUGAUCAUUUUUCUAAAAGCAUUGCCUAACCAGGUCACAUCAAAAAUGGAGGUCAUCAGUGGUCUUAUGCGUGAGGGGUUUUUGAAUGAAUUGGCUCAGUGGGUGGUUACCAAUCUUCGGAAGACAAACCCUUUUGAUUCGUCUUCGUCUGCCUAUUCUUGGAUAUUUGACCUUGAUGGAAUUGCCCAAAUGUAUCAAUCCUAUGAAGAAACUAAUCUAUGGUGCUAUAAGCAUGAGUUCCUCAAGGAUUUCUUUCUUUCUACUGGAUUAUUAUUUCAAUACGAAGCAGAACUUGAUGCUUUCCUUGAGUUUCUUAUCUGGAGGUUCUCAAUUUGGGUUCAUAAACCUACUCUAGGAUAUGCUCUCAUGAAUCUACGAUACGGAGAUGAACUCACCAUGGAAACAAGAGCAAAACGAUAUGCACACGGAAAUAUGGAUUUAUUGAAAGAUCAAGAUGUCAUUAGGAUUGUGCUUAACUUAUUGAAGACAAAUACAAGUGUUGUCACUGGACUUGGAACAAAUUGGAUAGUAAUUUGUGCCCCUGAUGAUGGAUCAUGUGUUUGGGGAUAUUUUGAUGUAUGUAAAGAUGAUGUGGCGACUGUUAGCCCAACUGGACAAGAUGAGAAUCUAUUAAGCCCUAUAAUGGCUCCUUUUCACUCUUCACAGUUAUCAAGGUUCACCGAUGGGAAUGAGGUCAAAAGAGAUUUUUCGGAUCUUUCUUGGGUUGGAAAUGUUACAGGGCUUAUAGCUAAAUCUGCAAUCUUUUUUCUGUUUUGA